UUGCACCGAUCUCGACCUAGUGACGUAACACAACAACAGCUAUUUUUAGCCUUCGUGGAAUUCUCUAAGUGUACUUUCUGUUUUACAAUCGGCAGGUCACCCACUACAGCCGGUAUCAUGUCAGACUCAGAUCUUAGUUCUUCCUCCGAUGAAAUGAUUUCUUUAACUCGUGCCACUUUAAGAUCCGGAAGGUUUCAAGCACUGGCCAGCGUACGAAGAAAUGCCUCGAUGGAGAUGUCGUUACGGGAGGCAGGGGUAUUAAUCCCGGACAUAAAAUCCGACAAAUGGCGACUCCAUAGGUUCCUCAUCCUAGGCGCAGAAAAGGGUGCUUACGAAUCAGCCGAUAGAGAAUUCACUCGAAAGGAAGUUAAAUGUAUCGACAGUUUGAUUUCCAAUGAUCACGGUCCUGAAGUUGUUGAGAUCAUAAAGAGGGCUAAAUUAACGGGAAGAGGAUGUCAGCGACAAACCGCGAUAUACGCACUAGCAAUGUGUGCCCGAUCAACGGAAUCCAGCACGAAGAAAGCCGCUUAUUCCGCUCUUCAAGCAGUAUGUCCCGAACCCUCGGAUUUACUUACUUUCGUCAUGUUUUGUGAAAUGGUGAGCGGGGGAACAGGGUGGGGUAGGGCACAACGCCGAGCCGUUUCUGACUGGUACAACAGCUUCAGCGACAGGCCCAUGGAACUAGCAGAAGGCGUUACGAAAGUACAAAAAAAUGGUCAGUGGACCCAUAAAGAUGUUGCCAGGUUGUCGCAUGUGAAACCAGACUCCCCAUUCAUCAUGUUGAUCCUGAGAUAUGUCACUAAAGGUCUAAACGAAUCAAAGAAAUUACCAUCGCCAAUUGACCGCGACCAAGCCAAACAAUGGCAGGACAUCCUCCAAUACCUCGAGGCGGUUAACAACACACGUCAGUGUACUGGAAACAUGGAAGUUCAGGGGAAAAUCGAUAUCAUAAGGAAAUAUAGGCUGGAAACCUCGCAAAUGUCUGCGGCACUCAUGAGGUCCACACUUGUUUGGGAAGUUUUGCUGAACCAAAUUCCUCUUGAUCUGGUCAUUCAGAACAUUUCGAAGAUAGACCAAUUAGAUGACCAGAAGACAAUUCUUGAGAGACUGGGAGAUGUGGAACAGCUACAAAAUGCAAACGUGAACCCAUUCGCAGUUGUACUUGCAAUGAAGGAAACAAAUGACGAAAACGUCAAGAAGACACUGGCACACUCUUUUGAACUUUGUGUCCGUAAUGUAAAACCAACAGACAAAAAAUAUUCUUUGGUGCAUUGGGUAGGCAAGGAACUAGACUCUAAACUUGAGGAAAAAAAAUCAGUUACUAUCGGAGACGCCAUAGCUACAAUGGCGACUAUAAUUGCAAGAGCAACACACAGAGACUCGGAAAUUGUCACGUACACUUCCGGGGAAAAGAUUAAGCUGGAAUUCCCUAGUACAGACGCUUUGGCUUGCACGAACAAUUUAAUUGCAGUAAAUGAGUCACUAUCGGUUCUUGUACAACAUGUGGAAGAGGCACUGGAUUCAUUCGACGCCAUUAUAGUGCUUUUAUCCUCCCCAGCUGAGAAAUUCAAACAGACAUUUUCAAGGUUUCACUUCGGCGUCGGCACAACUCGACUUGUUAUCGUCAACUUUGCCAGCAGUGACGUAACAGUAGAGGAUCAAAAAAAUCCAUUUAUGCUCCAGGUGGUGGGGUUCAGUGUCAAUACAACAGAAGCCAUCAUGCGUUUUGUAGAAGGACAUUAAGACAAUUGUUCGUUAUAUCUUCAGACUGUUGAAAAGAUACCAAACAAGCGAAAAACAUCAAUUUUGUUUAGACAUUCUCCAGAUUUACAGAUCCCUCGAGUCAUCAUGCUAGACCAAAUACAACUACAACACCGCAUGACAGGUUGAGGAUAACAUACACAUUUAUCAUAGUUGUAACUUGUAGGAAACUUAAAGAAGUAUAUCAUUGCUGAUCCCACAUUAUGUAAUAGUGUGAUGGUAGCCUACAUAUAGCUUUCAUGUAAUACCUGGUGAUAUAAUGCUCAGAGCAUCCACUUAAAUCAAUGUCGCGUCAACAACCACGACCACUAGGAAUGCAACUAAAGUCUGUCUAGAGUAUAAUAUUCUACCCAGGAAAGCUUUAAAUUACUGUAAAUAGCCGAGAAAAGGUUUGUUUUCAUAUAUUUUAUUAACAUUGUAGAUUUUUGACUAAGUAUGUAAUGUUGUAAGUGUAUAACAUUUUAGCGUCUAUUAAAAAUAUCAGUAACAAGUUACAGCGGCAAUGACUUACUUCACCUUCGUGGGAAUACCUACUAUUUUAACCUACUUGCACUUGCUAAA